AGCCUGCCGCCUCCCUGGGGAAGGGCCAGCCAGUUGGUUGUAGCUUCUGCUAAAGUCAGAUCCUUCCCCUGCCGCUCCGGCUCCUCCCGGGAGUCCUUCUCCCUGUCACUCAGAGCCUCGAAGGCACAGGUGGUCCUGGUGCCCAGUUCCUGCUGCCACCAUGAUGGGCAAACUGCCCCUGGGUGUUGUUUCCCCUUAUGUGAAGAUGAGUUCAGGGGGUUGUGCAGACCCCCUGAAAUUCUAUGCCACCAGCUACUGCACAGCCUACAAUCGGGAGGGUUUCAAGCCCCAAGUCGGCCAGCACAAGGGUUCUGGAUACCAGUCGAAUUACCGACCCGUGAUCAACUACCAGCCCAGCUUGGACAUCGUGGAUAAUCCUGCUAUAGGAGAACAAAUUAAGGAUAAUGCUCAGACAAUGUUUAAUCAGAGCUACCGCCCCUUGGAGCUGCCCGAUGGCAAGCACCCACUGCCCUGGAACUUGUACCAGACUGGCUCUGGCUAUGCUCAUGAGAAAACUCACUCCUGUCCCCCUUCCAAAGAGGUCAAGAGAGUCCAUUUCAACACCCAGGAUCAUGGGCCACAGGCCAUCCCAGGACUGGAACCCAAGACUGUGCCCAUCCUCCACCAGUCUGUGGGCAAGGGAAGUUGUGACACGGAGAAUUACAGAUACGGUCCCAGAUUUAUGACCUCUGAGUAUGUUUCCAAGUACCGCCAUGAAGUCCCAGCCCCACCAGAUUUCCUCCAGAAGAAGACAAUUGGUGCCAGGGAGGAGUCGGGCUUUACAGAACAGGCCACCAAGAACCCCAUAGCCUUUCAGCCCCUUCCUGGAGAUCCUCUGCCUCCUCCCAGUAGAAGCACUACCAAGGCAGAUUACAUCCCCAUGAUCACCCCACAUGGGGAUGAGUAUUUACCCGUGCUGGCCAAAGGUUCUGAGAGAGAGACAGGCUUCACUCGGAUGAAAGAGAAAAUCCUUUGCGCAACUUCAUCCACUGGCCCUCCCGGUAUCUCUGAGCCUAGCAGCAUUUGUCACCGCCAGUACCAGAGCAUGCAGUGGAUGCCCCAAAGCACCAAUGCCAUGUUGGGACGGGAGACUCUGGGGUGCAAGGAGCCCUCUGGCUUCAGCACCAACAAUCCCGGCUAUAACCGAGGUCCACCUGACCCUGAUCAUAGGUUCCUGACCACCUACAACCAAAGAUACUUUGAGAACAUUCCUAAGGGGCUGGACCGGGAAGGUUGGACCCGAGGAGGAAUCCAGCCCCAGCAGCCUGGAGGCUAUGGGGUUAACCAGCCUGUCACUCAGCAUAACAUUGAGAGUGGUUACCACAACCCCACAGAAACCAUUCAGAUGUCACACCCCCAUGUGGGCAGAACUCUGACAACACUGGAUCCCUUCUACAGAGAUAGCCCUCACAGCCAAGGCUUUUCUGCCCUGCAUGCCCUAUCCUAAGCUGGUUGUGUACAGUCCAGGAAGAAGAUAGGAGCUGGGCACAUGGUGCCCCAAAUCCUCAAACCUCCCAAGAAGGCACCUUGCCUGCUACUUUUCUAAGGAAAUAAAGAGAUAACAUUUCACCU